AUGGCUGUAUCCGAGCAGAUGUCCGGGCAGGAGUUUGAUUACGAAGCCCUCCCUUCAAACUAUGGCCUGGGCCGGAAUAUGUUGGCUGGCGCUUUCGCCGGGAUAGCAGAGCAUUCGGUCAUGUACCCCGUGGAUUUACUCAAGACUCGAAUGCAGAUCUUGCACCCUACAACUGGCGGCCUCUACACAGGACUCACAAAUGCGGUGUCAACAAUCUACCGGAUUGAAGGCUGGCGGACACUAUGGAAGGGUGUUUCGAGCGUGAUUGUCGGUGCUGGACCCGCCCACGCUGUCUAUUUCGGUACAUACGAGUUCGUGAAGGACAUGGCCGGUGGAAAUGCAGACGACGGGCACCAUCCGUUGGCAGCUGCUAUGAGUGGCGCAUCCGCGACUAUCGCCAGCGAUGCCUUGAUGAAUCCGUUUGACGUGAUCAAACAACGAAUGCAAGUUCAUGGCUCCGUACAUAAGACUCUCCUGCAAUGCGCCAGGUCCGUCUAUCGGACGGAAGGUUUCCAAGCAUUCUACGUCUCCUACCCCACCACGCUCUGUAUGACCGUUCCCUUCACCGCCACCCAAUUUGUUGCCUACGAGUCGAUUUCCAAGGUCAUGAACCCAUCCCAGGAUUACGAUCCCUUCACACAUUGUAUUGCGGGUGGUCUGGCUGGCGCUUUUGCCGCCGGUAUCACCACACCACUUGAUGUGGUGAAGACUCUCCUCCAGACCCGUGGUCUGGCCCAGAACGAGGAGAUCCGGUCGGCCAAGGGCUUGGUCAAUGCAGCCAGCAUUAUCAAGCGCCAGUUCGGCUGGCGGGGUUUCCUGCGUGGCGCUCGUCCUCGCAUUAUUUCUACGAUGCCUAGCACUGCGAUUUGUUGGACUUCCUACGAAAUGGCCAAGGCUUAUUUCAAGGGCCAGGUCGACCACUAG